ACAGAGGGGCAACAGCCACCUCGUCUCCUUUAAUAGGGGUGACUGAACACUCCAAUACAAAGGGACAUUAGAGGGAAAAGCGACCAUCUCUUGCUUUGGGGAUGCGCGUCAGGGGACCACGGUAGCCAAUCUGCUUGAGCACGUAGAUGCUCGUAAUUCACGACCCCCCUUUGCUGUCUCGCGCAGUGUUCUUGCUGACUCAGUGCCUUACAGCAGUGCUCCCUGUUCUCUCCACGCAUCGACCAGAAACUGCGACGCAGGCUCCCUCCAGUAGCCUAGCCCACUUCUUUCACCACCAACGCCGCACAAACUGACAGACAUGGCUAAAACAGCAAUUGCGUACAAAGAGAAGAUGAAGGAGAUGUCUGUCCUGUCUCUCCUCUGCUCCUGCCUGUACCCAGAGACACGCAACAACCUGGUGGGAGAGUUCCAAGCAGGCAUGGAGGUGAAGCCCAUCAACAAGCGUGCCUCUGGCCAGGCCUUCGAGGUGAUCCUGAAGCCCCCCUCUCCGGUGUCGGACGCAGCCCACUGCGUCACCUCGCCCCCUAAGAAGGAUGUCUCUCUGGAGGACAUCCAGAAGAAGCUGGAGGCCGCUGAGGACCGGAGGAGAUCCCAGGAGGCCCAGGUUCUCAGGGCCCUGGCAGAAAAGCGGGAGCACGAGAGAGACGUGGUGAUGAAGGCCAUGGAGGAGAACAGCAACUUCAGCAAGAUGGCAGAGGAGAAGCUGACCAUGAAGAUGGAGCAGAUCAAGGAGAACCGCCAGGCCUACCUGGCCUCCAUCAUGGAGCGCCUGCAGGAGAAGGAGAGGCAUGCCCAGGUGGUGCGCAGGAACAAAGAGCUGAGGGAAGAGCUGACAGCGUGAGCAGGCGAGGGGCGCCACAAACCAUCGUACCCCCCUACAGCCACCCUCCUGUACCCUGUACUCCUCCGCCCCCUCCCAAGGGACUCCCCUGACAACCCCACUUCUACAGCACCCCCAGCGUCAGAAGACCCCCCCCCCCCAGAGUGAGGAGGAGGACCCACCGGCACCCCACACCAACAGCAUUAGCAAAUGGGGGGAUUGCAAAAAAAAUGACCAAAAUGUCACCCACUCCUCCCUAAUAAAUAAUGUUUUUGCUCGAUUUCAAAUGCUGAAAAAAAGAAAAGAUGAAAAGCCAACCAAGUUAUAGUCGGUAUUGUUUUUUGUAAAUACUUAUUUUUUUGUUAUAUACAGUAGGAUAGUACAGCAGAAGUAUUGCAGUGUGCCAUUUUAGCAUUUUCUCUAUCUAUGGAUGUACUUUUAUUUAUUUAUUUAUUUUUCUCAAACAAAAAUCGUUUGCAGUUUCUCUCGUACUAUAAGGCUUCUGUGUUGUUGUUCGCCAGCUAGCCGACGUGCGUUUUCUGACCAUGUCUGUUUCUGUGUCAGUCAGUCAGUCAGUCAGUCAGUCAGUCAGUCAGUCAGUCAGUGUGGGGAUGAUGAAAAUACAGGCUGCUCAUUGACUUCCAGGAGAGCGACUAGCUAGACAUUAGGAGAAUACUACAGCUUUUAUGAGACGAUUCUCUCCUGUCUGUCUCUCUGAUCUCCCACUCUCAUGCAUAGAGUAGUUCAUUCACACACAUGCAAGCGCACACACACGCACAUACACAGACUGAGGAAUUUGGCAAACAUGACAUGUCGUUUAAGAGGAGCUUGCUGAAUUCUGUCAGUUGGGCAUCGCAGAAGUCACAUGACAUCCUUGGUUCAUACCGUGAUGUCACAGAGGGGUGUUAUGGUCCUUUCUCGUUCCCAAGACCCCCUUGCGUCAUCUGUCAAUCACUCUCUCAGCAUGUACUGUAUGUACCAUCUUAGACGUAUAGAUAAUGUAAUCGUGCCUAGAAUGCUACAAGCUCAUAUAGCGGUUAACGUUUAAGCAAUGGUAGAUCACUAAGUAACAUCCAUGUCCUUAAAUAGGCUAAUGGG